UUCUAUCGCAUUCUCUACUAUACGUGGCAUUAAGCAUGAAUUCUUUCCUUCGCCGCCAUUUUGACAGACGAUAGUUCUUAAGAAAUAUUAGUUUUAUGUUUUCUCAGUUUACACAUCAGCUUUUUUAUUAAUAUAUAUAUAUAUAUAUAUAUAUAUAUAUAAUAUACAAUAUAUUUAAAUAAAUUAAUAAUAUAAUUAAAAUAAUAAUAUAAAUAUAUUUAUGUAUAUAUUUAUAUUAUAUUUAUAAUACUGAUAUUAUAAUAUUAUCAUUUAUAACAAUUAGUUUAAGAAAAAUAGCAAUUAACUUUUGGAUCAAAAUAUUGCUUUUAAUUUUGCAAGAUUAAAAGUUAGUAGUAAUCAUGGGUAACAUGUUUGCUACAUUGUUCAAAGGCCUUUUCGGCAAAAAAGAAAUGCGAAUUUUGAUGGUUGGGCUUGAUGCAGCUGGUAAAACUACAAUUCUAUACAAAUUAAAAUUAGGAGAAAUUGUGACAACGAUUCCAACAAUAGGUUUCAAUGUAGAGACAGUAGAAUAUAAAAAUAUAAGCUUCACUGUCUGGGAUGUCGGUGGUCAAGAUAAAAUCCGACCAUUGUGGCGGCAUUACUUUCAAAACACACAAGGUUUAAUAUUUGUCGUGGACAGUAACGACAGAGAACGUAUUGGAGAAGCAAGAGAAGAGCUAAUGAGAAUGCUAGCUGAAGAUGAACUUAGAGAUGCUGUUUUACUUAUUUUUGCUAACAAACAGGACUUGCCAAAUGCAAUGAAUGCUGCAGAAAUUACUGAUAAACUUGGCCUACAUUCAUUGCGCAACCGAAACUGGUAUAUUCAAGCAACGUGCGCAACCAGUGGUGAUGGACUUUAUGAAGGUCUAGACUGGCUGUCAAAUCAGUUAAAAAAUGCAAAUCGUUAAAUUAGUUGUCAAUUUGACAACAUUAAGUUUAAUAACAUUCAAAAUCAAUAAAAAAGCACUCUGGGAUCUCUUAUGAAACAUCUAAUAUGGAAGAAAAAAAUUUUAUCAUAGGUGGAAGUGAAUUUUUUAAAAGAAGAACAGUGAAUAAUGCUCAAGAACAAGUUAAGAAUUCGUGCCAGUUUUAUAAGGGAGUAGAGUGAAAAGAAACUGACUAUUAAAGUAGAUAUGUUCAGUCGCAGUGGACAAUUGCCUUGGGCAAAUUAAUACAAUUACAAUCAUUAUUAUUAUUUUUUUAUGAUAUAAGCAUAAUAGUUGCACUUUUUCACAAAAAAACAUUCAAAAAGAAGUAGAGAAUCUGAGAGCAUUUUCCUAACCAAACCUAUUUAAAAAAUAAUAAAUCAUAUUAUUAUUUAAAAUGGCAACAUAAAUAUUUGAUAACCAGAUCAUUGCAUAUAUAAACAAUUUAUUGUAUAAAUUACCUAAUACUUAUACUUGGUAUCAGGAGUGCAGUCGAAUCCCCUUAUAUUUACAUAAUGUAAAUUACGUAUUAAAUUUCUAAUGAAAUUAAUGUUUUCGCUUUGUAAAGGCCAUGAGCACUUCGAAACUUGAUACAAUAUUUAUCAUAUUUUAGGAUACUAAUUUUUAUAGUCAUUGGAUAAAUGGUAAGAUUGAGGUUAAUGUUAUUAAGUCUAUCUUAUGUAUUUAUUUAAUUAUAUUUUCAAUACAAAUAUGAUCCUGACGCAUAUUCUCUCAGUUUCUUUAGUUUCACCAUUUUUUUUUUAAGAAAGAUGGCAAAGGGCAUGCCGUUGUACUUGAAUAGUGCAUUACAUUUCUUAAGACUGUGCAUGUUUUGGUAGAGAAAAAAAAUCAUCUAUUUAUUACACUUCAAUCAGUUGUGUUAUCAAGAGUUUGGAAAAAUGUAUAUUAUACCUACGACAUUCCAAAAUUGUGUUACAAUGGCGAAACUUUAAAAUUAUAUGCAAUAUUGUAAAAGUAAUUUGCCAAAUAUGAACAGUUAAUACAAUAAAUUGAAUAAUUUUUUUAAUGGAAAAAAUUCGUUUUGUAGACGCAAUAACAGUGUACCUCGCAAUCUACCUAAUACCUUUUAAAUUCUUGUUUACAUAAGUAAAUAAAAACUAAUUGAUCACGUAACGUAUCUCAAAAUACUAAAUAAUGUACAAGUCUAGUCCUGAUUUACAAUCUAAAAAAUUAUAAUGAUUUAGGUUUGUUAUUAUAACAAAAGGGACACGCUCGUAUUUGAAAUAAAAAUUAAGUUUUUUUAUAUUUAAAUUUUCUGAAUCCGUACACUCAGAAAUUCUUCGGGCAGUGGCUGCACAUAGCAUGAACAGCAACUGUACUAUGAGCUUCGCGCGGUAGCUCUCCCAAUUUCGCUCUCCCAGAGCGCUACUGCCCCAAGAGCUGUUAUUCCGCCGAAAUUCUGCGGUUUUGAUGCGACAGCAGCGCCACACGGGAGAAAAGAGUACUAAACGGAAGCACUGCUGCACGAUUUUUGGGCAGCAGCUGUCCGAAAUUUUCGGAAAGACGAGCUAGUGCAUUUAGUGCACCAGUCACUUGGGCCGGGGCAGUAGCUGCCCGAAGAAUUUCUCAGUGCAGUUCAGAAAUACCUACAUAGCAGCUUUACGAUAAAAGCAAACCUUUUUUAUUAAUUAAAUAUCUAUGAAAUUAUAAGUCGAAAAAAAUUUUACAAAACUUGUGAUUAUGUUUUAUUAAAGACAAAACAAAGAUUUUGUAACGAUACAUUAUAAACAUAUUACUUAAAAACUAUUAAUUAUUAACUACUUUAUUGUUAAUUUUUUGAUUUAUCGAAUGUCAUUAAAAAAUCAUUAUUUGUAAAUCUUUUUUUGCAAUCUAAAAAUUAUUUAGUAACCAAUAUCGUUUUUACACAAUAUAAUGUAUAUUAUUGAUAAUAUUGGGACUUUUUUAAUGAGAAUUUAACAAGUACUGUGGAUAAUAAAAUUAUGUUUGUCGUAAAUA